CGCUAACGCAACCCCCUCCUUCAUUUGGGCUUGGGACCAGUAGUAGCCCUCAGAGGUGCUGCAGGUGGAAUCGAUAUACUGAUAACCUAUCAAAUACAUCACCGAACCUCAAAUAACGGUAUUUCUGGUUAAGGUGUUGUCAAACUACAAUACCUGUGGCGUCUUCAAUAUGUAGUAAUCUCCUUAUAUUCACUAUGUUCAGUUACUUGUCAUUUUGUUAAAACCAAUCUCUAUCCUUGCCUCUCCUGCAAAUGAGACUUAUUCAAAACUGAGCGGAACUACCUUAAAGAGCUCAGCCGUUUUUAUCAAAGUAAUCGCCUCGGUUGACAAUGACGUCUCACACAGGGCGUCUGCUGGUCGGUCGUGAAAAGGAGCAACAGUUUCUGUUUUCGUUAAUAUGUAAAAAAAACCCUUUGUCCACAUGCUUUGUUAUCACAGGCCCUCCAGGCUGUGGCAAGUCAGUUUUAGUGUCCUCAACAUUUGAACUUCUGGAAGAGUCUUGUGGAGUGUUAUGGGUAUUGAUUAGCUGCCUAGAAAGCUUUGUGGGGACCCAAGGGACAUGUGGAGCUACUUCAUCAAGAUAUUUUCUUGAAUUGAUUUUACAGUCAAUUAAAUGUCGUUAUCUGCCCGAAGCUGAUUUAUCUAUUAGUUGUGAAGAUACCUCCAGUUUCAUAGAUAACUUAUGUCAAAUUUUACUAGCUAUCGGAGUUAGAAAUACGCAUGACCAGACUUGUGUGGGGUUAAUUUUCGAACAGGCUGAGAGACUAUGCGAUAGAGAAUCUCUAGUCCUCCCCUUAAUCGUCGGCCUUGGAGCUUCUGUAAAUGAAAAGCUAAACCAAUUAGGCGGUCCUCACACACCACUAUUGUUCACUGUCCUGGUAACCAGAUUACCAUGGGAGAAGUUUAAUUUCGGGACAUUCAGUUUCGAACCUUAUGUUAUCUCUGUUGAAAGUUAUUCUCGCGACCAGUUGGCAAGAUUGCUUACAUCUUUAUUACCGGCUAAUGCAUCUGAAUCUCGCUUCAAUAGGUUUGUUGAUUUGCUAUUGACAGUUUGCUUCCCUGUUUGUCGUAACGCUGGUGAACUCAUUCACUUAAUGAAUAUAAAUUGGAACGCCUAUAAUGAGCCUGUCAAUAAAGGCUUGGUUGCCCCGGAUGAUGAAUGGGGUCAGUGGAAACUGGCUCAACCAUAUCUCAAAAAGUCUUUGUCUACGCUGUAUUUACGUCAUUAUGCGGAUUCAAAUUUAGAUUCUCUGUCCUCGAAAAACGCUGGGCGACAAAACUUUUUGGAAUUACCUUAUUUGACUAGAUUUUUACUUAUUGCUGCAUUCAUGGCUUCACAUAAUCCCCGCUCAUUGGACAAAAAACUCCUGACUAAGAACUCCGGACGUUUAAGUAUCCGUAAAAAGAAACAGGAAAAGGAAGUAUACAAAACACAAGCAGAGUUCACUGGGCCUCGAAUGUUCACCCUAGACCGCUUGUUGGCAAUAUUCUAUGUCCUAGUACAAAAUGAAUUUGCAAAAGUACCAUGCACAAGUAUCUUAAUGAGUCAAAUCGCCUGUUUAACAGCAUGUGGUCUUUUAUCUCCAAGUUCACAGGCUUUAUCUGUUGGGAAUUCAUUUACUACUGGAUUGUGUACAACAAAUAGUUCGAUUAACGCUACAUCUGAUUUAGACCCUUUGGCUAAUCCUAAAUAUCGUUGUUUGAUAAGCUUAGAAAUUGCUAAAAGUAUAGCACAGUCGGUUGACUUUGAUUUGUUAUCUCAUCUUACAGAGAAUUGUAACUCAUGAAAAAUGUACAUUUACUGAUUUAUUUAUUUUGUAUUGAAAUUCUUCGUCUUUUUUUGUAUUUUACAGAUAAUUUAACGUACGUCCUAUAAAUUAUUUAACUUUAUGGUAACAUUUGUUCCUAAUUUAUUUGACCUAAUAUAAGCGAUUAUGUUUCUAUAGAUUGAACUAGUAGUAGUAACCCAAGGAAUUAUUUGUUUUUUGUCAUCC